GCGGUGGUGCGUGUGGCGGCGGCGGGCGGAGGGAGGAGGAGGAGGGCGGCAGGGGCGCGCCGCCCGGGGCUGAUUGGCCGCCCCGGUUAUAAGAGGUGCCCGGCGGGGACGGCGGGAUUGUUUGCAGGCGCUGGGGAGUUCGGCGGAGCCGCGUGUGGAGCCGUCGGAGCGGAGAGGAGCGGAGCUGCGAUGCGUCGCGCCAGCCGAGACUACACCAAGUACUUGCGCGGCUCCGAGGAGCUGGGCAGCGGCGCCGCCCACGAGAGCGCCCCGGCGCCGCCGCCGCCCCCGCCGCCCGCGCACCCGCACCCGCCGCCCGCAUCCCGCUCCCUCCUCGCCGCCCUCGUCCUCCUGGGGCUGGGGCAGGUGGUCUGCAGCGUCGCCCUCUUCCUCUACUUCCGAGCUCAGAUGGACCCUACUAGAAUUUCAAAAGAACAUGCACACUGUGUCAGAACACUUUUUGGACACCAAGAAAGUACAGAUUUGCAUGAUGCCUCCUUUGAAAGUCAAGAAGUGAAGUUAAUGCCAGAAUCCUGUAGAAGUGUGAAACAGGCUCUCCAAAGGGCUGUGCAGAGGGAAGUCCAGCGUGCUAUGGGAAGAACGCCACCAAGACCAGAAAAAGCUGCAAUGGAGGCAUUAGGACUUGAGCUGUACAAGAGGAAUAAACCUGAGAAGCAGCCAUUUGCCCAUCUCAUUAUUGAUGAUAAGAAUAUUCCAUCUGGAACUCGUAAAGUGAACCUCACAUCCUGGCAUCAUGACAAAGGCCAGGCAAACUUAUCAAAUAUGACAUUCAAUGAUGGAAAACUAAUUGUUAAUCAAGAUGGAUUUUACUAUCUUUAUGCCAAUAUUUGUUUUAGGCAUCAUGAAACUUCAGGAAACUUGACUAAAAGAGGGCUUCAGUUGAUGGUUUAUGUGAUUAAGACAAACCUUAAAAUAAGGCGCUUUGAUGUGUUGAUGAAGGGAGGAAGCACCAAAUACUGGUCAGGGAAUUCAGAAUUUCAUUUUUAUUCUGUAAAUGUAGGGGGAUUUUUUAAAUUAAAAUCCGGAGAAAUGAUAAGUAUCCAAGUAUCAAACCCAUCACUACUGGAUUCUUCGCAAGAAGCAACUUACUUUGGAGCAUUUAAAGUUAGGGAUUUAGAUUGAAUCUUUCUUUAGCGUGCUGAAAAUUUGAGGUUUUAGUUGUCCAAUAACAACUUGAAGAACUGAAAAUCUUCUGCAACCCAAUUACAUCUGUAUAAGCCAUAUAUCUCUAAAGAUAUGUUUUUGUCCCAUGCAAAUUCCAGCAGGAGUCCUGCAAAUAUAUGAAAGGGCAAAAUUAUACAGUUCUCUUGAUGCAGUCUUAAAGCAGUUUUACUUCAUUUGUCUCCAGUGGCCUCACUAGAGUCAUUGUGCCUUUUGCAUUGCUGUAGUUCAAAUCAAAAUAAUUAAUAUCACUGAGCUUCUGUUGCCAAGUUCUGCCCUGAUUACCUUUACAGGUUUUGGUGCAAACAUAGAGCAGGACAGAACUUGGCUCCCAACUUGCAUUUAGGGUUCCGUUUUGUUUGGGUUGAGUGUUCUGACCCUGAGACAGCAAAGGUUAUGAAAGUGUGACUAAUCCCAUUGCAUUUGAUGUGGCUUUUCAGAUGCUGAGUUAGGGCUGAUUUUGCUUUGCUGGAUUAGGAUCAGAAAACUCAGACCAUGGCAGAAUUGUAUUGGGGAACACAUAAACAGUCCAUCUUAACUGUUACCUGAUUAAUAGGGCCAUUCCAGGAAGAAGGGACAUCAUCUGGCCUUGCAGUUCUGAAAAGUUAAUUACAGGUCAUGUUGUUAUUGUUGCACAGUUAAUUGCAAAAUAGAUUGCCAAAAUACAACGUGCCUUUAAAGUGUUACUUUGUGCCAGAACCUGCAAAUACAUUUUUUAAACAGAAAGUAUGUAUUUUUCUAUUCUGUAAUAUCUAAAGUUAUAUUUCAGGUGUAAUGUUUUGUGUAAAAGAAAUGUAAAUUAUAUUGUCCUAUAGUAUUUGAUACAAAAUAUUUAAAAUCUCUUGCUGUUUGUAUAUUUAAUGUUUUAAACUGUUUUUAUGUACAGACAUGUUAAACUUGUGCACUUUUUAAUCCCAAUGGGAAAAAUGCAGCUAUAAGAGAUUGUUUGCAAUUAGCAAAUGUAAUAUAUAUCUUUGUUCUUCUUAACUUAAUACAUUUUUUUAAAAAUUAUCAGUAUUAAGGGAGAUGAAAUCAUACCAAUGCCAUGAGUAAUUAUACCAGAAUUCUGGUCACUGGGUGCCUUUCAAACCUGGAGGGCAAUUAAACUGGCAUGAUGCAAAAAUAAA